UUUUAGAGACGUGAGAGAGAACUUGCCACUGGAACAAGUUCCCCACCCCCACCCCAACACUCAAGGACAGGGGGAUUGUGUGUGGAUUGCUUGAAGACCCAUGAGUUGUAAGGAAAUUUUGUGAGUAGAGCGUUACAGUGCGAGUGCUUUGAUUGGUCCCCAAGUAGUACCGGACACGCUUCACAAUGAUGAAAGUACAAGGUAGACAGACACGGGUAUGGACACAGGUGCACAGAGGGAACAGUGGCUUAAGGCCCUUGCUAGGCUCUUUUAAGGCUGUACCCUGUAACCCAGAAGAGGCGCCAUCCAGCGCCACACUGACCGAGUACACCUUCGAUGGCUACGAACCCUCCCGCUGUGUGUCCAGAAACACCUACUCCGAGAGGGUCUGCUCGCUACGUCUACCCCCCACGGGCGGCCCCGCGGACAUCGACUUUCUCAGGAAUCGGCUUGGCUUUUGUUUGCCUAUGGAGGAGCAGGUCAUCAGGACACAGAGGUGCAGUCUACAGUUCUUGAGGAAGUACACACGGGAGGCAGGGGUUGGAUCUUACGGCAUACGCUCAACGACAAGGACGUCUACCGCGAUAAGUAAAGAACAAAGCCGACGAGAAUCUUCAACUAAAUACUCAACCAAUUCCGGGGUGACCGGAAGUUCCAAGAGGCGCUCCUCAGGGUACAGCAGCACCAGCGAGCGUGUAUCCGUCAAGGAGAGGGAGAAGAUGCGGCUACAGGCCAAGAAGAGCAGCGACGCCAGGCGGAUCUCAGAGCUGGAGAAGAUCGUCUUUGAAUGUGAGGCCAAAUCAGAGGCGAGCUCAGUAGAUCAAAACUUAAACCCAAAGAUGAACACGGUUCGAAAUAUUGGGGACAUUAAGUUGAUUGAGCGCCGUAUGAGCCGACAGAUCCACCUAGACAAGAUCGCCCUGAAGGCCAAGACGUCCGCCCACCACGACAUGCGGGUGGACGACAAGCUCAUGUCCCACCACGAGUCGGACAGCAAGCUGACCCAGGACGUGCGGCAGGCCAUCGAGAUCAGCAAAGAGUUCGAGCGGAAGAACAAGGUCCGGCGGAUCUCCCAGCUCGAGAAUGUGCGCAAGAAGAUCCAAUUAAAUAUGUCGCUGGAAUGUCUCCAAGCCUCCACGGACGAAGACGAGGAAGAAGAAGACGAAGACGAAGGGGACUUUAUCGUCUGGUGAUGUAAUCGUAUGACGAAAGCAUUCGAAAGGCCCUCUAAGACCAACUGA